AUGCUUGCAAGCUUAAGUAAAAAUAUCUGUUGUGUUGGUGAUGAUGAUCAGUCUAUUUAUGGUUGGCGUGGUGCAGAAGUAGGUAAUAUAUUACGUUUUGAAAAAGAUUUUUUAAAUGCCACGAUUAUUAAAUUAGAGCAGAAUUAUAAAUCAACUCUGCCAAUUCUUGCGGCUGCUUCAAAUGUUAUCAAUAACAAUAAAAAUCGUCAUGGCAAAACCUUAUGGACUGAUAAGGAAAGUGGUGAAAAGAUCAAGAUUAUAUCUUGUUGGAACGAUAAAGAGGAAGCAAUAUAUAUUGCCUCCGAAAUAGCUAGGUUAGUGCGAGAGGGAAGAUAUAGUGCAGGAAAUAUUGCUAUAUUAGUAAGGGCAGGGUUUCAAACUAGAAGCUUUGAAGAAGCCUUUAUAAAUAGUGCUAUGCCUUAUAAAAUUAUCGGCGGUUUGCGGUUCUAUGAACGUAUGGAAAUAAGAGACGUGCUUGCUUAUAUCCGUAUUGCCUUAAACCAGAAUGAUAAUUUAGCAUUAGAGCGUAUUAUUAACGUACCGAAAAGAGCAAUAGGAGCAGCUACUUUAAAUAAAAUUAAAACGUAUGCUAUAGAAAAAAAUAUCUCUAAUUUCGCUGCUAUUAAAGAAAUGCUAGAAAAUGGUGAGAUAAAAACAAAAUCCUAUGAAACUUUAAAAGAUUUAGUUACCAAAAUUAGCAAUUGGCAUGAAAGAUUUUGCUUUGAUGCUCCAAUAAAUGUAACUAAAGCAAUACUUGAUGAUUCCGGAUAUUUAGAAAUGCUUCAGGAAGAGAAAACUGAAGAAGCUUUAGGCAGGAUCGAGAAUAUAAACGAAAUGCUAAGAGUUAUUGCUGUGUUUAAUGAUAUUCAUGAUUUUAUUGAGCAUUCUAGCUUAGUUAUGGAAAAUGAAGUUUUAGAAACCAAUUAUGGUGGUUCUAUAACAAUAAUGACACUACACGGUGCUAAGGGUCUUGAAUUUGAUGUAGUAUUUUUGCCAGGUUGGGAAGAGGGGGUGUUUCCGUCUCAAAGAUCUUUGGAUGAAGAGGGUGAAAAAGGUUUGGAAGAAGAACGUCGCAUUGCUUAUGUUGGUAUUACUAGAGCUAAAAAAGAGCUUUACAUCACCAAUGCUGAAAGCCGAGUAAUUAGAAAGUUUGAUCAAUAUCAGUCAUUAGUACCUAAAGAUCUUUCUUUUCUUGAUCAACCGCUUCAAUAUGUACAAAAUUUUGGUGGAGCGUUAGAUUUAGGUUAUGACCUUAUAAGGUCCUAUCUUAAAGAAGAGAGAAUUCAAAAUCUUGUUGAUAGUAUAAAUGAAAAUGCAAAACAAAAUGCUGCAAUAACUACAAAGCAAAAUAGAAAGAAAAUUAAACUUUAUGCUGCAAAAAUUGAAGGUAAUUUAAAAGGAUUUAGGGUAAGUUUAGAUUUAGAAUCAAUGAAACCUGUACUAAAUGAAUUUAAUGAUCAAGAUAUAAAUACUUUAACAAAUGCAAUUAAUGAAUCAUUAGUUGAAGUGAGUAAUAAUAAGAUUCCCGCAGAGAUAUAUACUGAAAAACUACUAGAAGCAGUUAUAGAAAAAUUACCUAAUUCUUUAUCACAGCAAAAAUUGCAACAAUGUAAGGAAUUUAUUCAUAGUGGGGGAAAAAAUAAAAAAACAUAUACAGAAUCGGAAAUGGAUAGAAAAGAAAUUUCUAAAGCAGCAGAAGAUUCAGUAAAUCAACUGACAGAAAGAUUAGAUAAAAUACUCAAGAAAGUAAAAUGUAAAGAUUACUUGGAGGAAAAACUAGAACAAUCAGUAAAUAAAUAUGCAGCGUUAAGUGAUGAGUAUGUCAAAAAAGAAAUUGAUAAUAAAAUCUUUUCAAAUGCUUUAACAAACGAACAAAUUGCUGCUUGCUUAACAAAAUUAAUGAAUAAAACUGUUGAGCCAAAAAGAAGUUAA